AUGGACCGAGAUGAAGACGAUCAAACGCGGCUGAGGAAGAGACCGCGCAAGUCCCGCAGUCGAGGGUUGCGUACGAGAACUGGCUGUUUGACGUGUCGCAAGCGGCACAAGAAAUGCGAUGAGAGACGUCCAGUCUGCGGACCCUGCACGAUUAGAUCUCGCGAUUGUGUCUACCCCGAAACGCAGCCUUUGACAAGCGUUGACGACUCGGAAACACAAUCAGGGGACCAAUUAUUCCUCGGUGAUCAAGAAUCUCCACCAGAACUUGAUCUACCAGACUCGCACAGCAGCCUCACCACUGACCCUGGCCCCAACAUACAGCCGUCCCUGUCCGCGAACCAUGUCUCACUCAUCGGCGUGGCCGCCCAGCCACUACCUACCUCUACCUGGUCUCCAGAUUCAGCCUUCUGGACUGCCGACUUUGCUUCGAUACGAUGGCUUGACCUUCUCGCCAAUGAUGCCGCACAAGCUGAUAGCGGCUUCUCACUUGCGCCGACUCCAGCCUUGAGAGAAGGUGAAGAAAGACCUCCAGACAUUGGAAGCCUUCAAGCCCGCUUGUCUCAAGUUGCACAGGCCGAGUCUACCGGCUGGAAAGCUGGAGUAAGCCCAGCAACUUUAUCGCCUCAUGAUGCUGUUCUUCUUCGUCACUUUGCAGAGAAGUGUGCUUUAUGGCUGGACCUCUUUCAUCCCCAGAGGCUGUUCUCUACAUAUGUUAUCAGACUGGCUCUGAAAGACCCUGGACUGCUUCAUGCCAUUCUGGCCCUUGCCGCACGUCAUCGCUCUAAAUUACCCAGUUCCAGCGACCGCACCGUAACGGAUAACGAGUCGAUCCGGCAUUACUACGAAACACUUCACUACGUGCAAGAAGCACUCGGCUACACAAGCUACACCAACUCGGAAGAGCUUCUAGCCACGGCCAUUGUUAUCUCCUCUUACGAAAUGCUCGACGAAUCAGAUGGGCGGGGAAACUGGCAGAGACAUCUCAAGGGCGUCUUCUGGAUACAGAGGUCUCAAGAGGUUCAUGGCGGUUCUGGCGGUCUUCGCCAAGCUGUUUGGUGGGCUUGGCUGCGUCAGGACAUCUGGGCUGCAUUUCGAGAAAAGAGGCCUUGUCUGAGUUUCUGGGUCCCAGUUCAAGACCUCAGCGAGCUUGGCCAGCAUGACUUGGCAGAGAGAGCUAUAUAUCUCCUCUCACAGGCUGUGAACUACUAUGCCCAUUCCCACGCUGCGGUGUCAGUAUCAACACCAAAUCGUCUAGCGCCAGUGGACUUGGGGCGUGCCAGAGUUGACAUCUUGAACAAGAUAGAAGAGCUCAAGACUCACCUUGGCGAGCAAUACCAGCCCCUUCCAUCGCCCUCUGAAACCGCCGAUAUCUUCAAAGGGAUUUGGAUACACCCACCAGAAUUUGGGGCUGCGUUGCAGGCACUUGCGUUUGCACAAAUAUUAAUAGCACUUCACAGUCCAAUACCCGCUGGGUUUAAUGGGUAUCUAAGAAUGCAAAAGACACUCACGCAGUCUGUAGACACCAUAUGUGGAAUAGCCAUGGAAUUGAAGGAUGAAGCAUGUCAGAUUGUAUCGGCUCAGUGUCUUUACGGUGCCGGUCUUUGUCUGCAGGAUGCUGAUAAGCGUGAGAAAGUCAUUUCUUUGAUGGAAGCGUGUGAGGCCAGAGUAAAUUGGGUCCCGAUGAAGAUGUGGAGAGAUGAUUUGAGGACGGAAUGGGCCAAGGCAGAUCAAGAAGGAAGUCAAGAAGCGUUCUGA